AUGGACGACAUUAAAAAAGAUAAACGUUUUUCUCAUAUUGGUAAAGAUCCACGUUUUCGUCCUGCGGGACGAUUUGAACGUAAAACUAAAAUUGAUCAACGUUUUAAAUCAAUGUUUGAUGAUCCAAAAUUUAAGUUAAAAUACACCGUUGAUAAACGUGGUCGACCAUUAAUCAAUGAAAAUACAACAAGUGAAAAUAUGAAAAAGUUUUAUCAAUUAGAACAAGAGGACAAGUCAUCAGCAUCAUCGUCAGAUAAAAAUGAAAACAUAUCCAGACGAAAAAUGGAUAACAAUGAUGAUAAUGAUGAUGAUGACGAUGAUGAUGAUGGUGAUGAUGAAAAUGUCACAAAAUAUGUAGAGCAGCUUAGUGAACAAGACAGUUCCGAUUCGUCAGAUGAAGAAGAUCAAACAGAAAAAGAUGAAGAAACAGAUACGUGGAAUGAGUUUGAUGAUAAUUGUGCACGAUCAGAUGAUGUAACAAAUCGUCUCGCCAUAUGCAACAUGGAUUGGGAUCGUGUUCGAGCAGUGGACUUAUUUUUUUUAUUAAAUUCAUUUAAACAAGAUAACGGUGUAAUUAAAUCGGUAACAAUUUAUCCAUCUGAUCUUGGAUUGAAACAAAUUGAAGAAGAAACAAGAUUGGGUCCAUUAUCACAACCACCAACGACAAAUGCCAGUGUCCCUAAUGAAACACAUUCAAAUGAACAAGAUAGCGGUCAUGCCAGUGAAGAAGAGGAGGGAGAAGAAGAAGAAGGGGAAGAACAUGAAGACAAUGGAAAUGAGGAAGAUGAUGCUGUUGAUCCGAUUAUUCGAGAAAAAUUACGAAAAUAUCAAUUAAAUCGUUUAAAAUAUUAUUAUGCCGUUGUUGAAUGCGACACCGUUAACACAGCAUCAAAAUUGUAUGAAGAAUGUGACGGUUUAGAAUAUGAAACAAGUGCCGUUCGUCUUGAUUUACGUUUUAUACCCAAUGAUGUUCGUUUUGAUGAUAUGCAACCGUAUGAUCAGUGUACAUCUUUGCCUGAUAGUACAAGUUAUAAACCAAGAUUAUUUCGAAAUUCAGCAUUAACACAAACAAAAGUUCAUUGUACAUGGGAUGAAACACCACUUGAUCGUCGAACCAUAAUGAGAAAAAAAUAUACAAUGGAAGAAAUUGAAAAUAUGGAAUUAGACGCUUAUUUAGCAUCCGAUAGUGAAAAUGAAGAGGGAAAAGAAGAUGAAGAAGAAGACAAUGGUGAUGAUAGUGAUGCUGAAACUCAAAAUAAUAAUUUUAAAAUACCAGCAAUUCCAUUGGAAACAAAAAUUCAAUCGGGUGUUCGUGCGCCGAGUAUACUAAGUAGUCAAGAUGAUAUUGAACGCUAUCGCUCGUUAUUGUUAGAUUUUAAUGAUGAUACAACAGCGACAACAAUUAAAAAGAAGAAAAAGACACUCACAUUUGAUAACAAUCUAGAAGAUGAUAAUGAUAGCACCGAUGGAAGUGAUAUUGACAUGGAAAUAACGUGGCAGCCAGGUUUAAAAGAGAAGAGUAAUACUGUAAAACAUCAAGAUAAAUUGAAACCUUCCAUUAACAAAUCAUUAUUAUCAUCAUCGAAUGAAAUGAAUGAUAAAGAACAUGACGCUCUUGAAUUAUUGACAAUUGACGAUGAUAAACGUGAUUAUAAUUUACGUGAUAUGAUCAAAACGUAUAAACAAUCCACAAAAAAUAAUAAGAAAAAUAAAAAACCACAACAUGAAGAUGAUGAUUUUAAAUUAAAUGUUAAUGAUCAACGUUUUCAAGCUAUAUUUGACUCAUACGAAUAUAAUAUUGAUCCAUCUGAUCCACAAUUUAAAUCAACAUUUGGUACACAACAAUUUAUUGAUGAAAAAGGUAAAAAACGAAAAUUAGUGCCAACAACUACAAUUAAUGACGGCGAUACUCCAGUGAAAAAAACAAAAAUCAUAGACUCAUCAUCUAUCACAGAAAAUGAAAGUGAUAACAACGCACUUGUCAGAAAAAUAAAGGCAAAAAGUAAAUUGUUAUUUGAUAAAAAUGUAAAAGUGAAAAAAUAA